AUGAAUAGUGGUGCUCUCACAGGCCCAGUAAACACUACGACUGCAAUAGUCGCCACUACCACCACCUCUCAAACAGUUGCGACUACAAUAGCCACAACCUGUUCACCUACUGCGCCUGCAAUAUCUAAUACCACAAAUCGAGUGCGAGCGCAAGUAGCGUGCGAUUCAUGUAAACAACGGAAAAAGAAAUGUACCAAAAUUGAUGACGAACCAUGCGUAGAUUGUGAAAAAAGAAUAGAACAUAAACCCCAGAUUAGAGGCCUAUACCGAUACCAUGCUGAAUCAUAUAAUCUAGACCAGACGGAUCAGCAUCACGAUCCUCCAUCGUCAUUCGUACCGAUCAAUGUAAUAGGGGUAUCGUCGCAAGGUCAUCAAUCCGUUGGAGGCCUGCAUGAGCCAGGGUCUUAUAGUUCAGGCCAGGCGGAGUUGCAACAAGUUUCUCCUGUAUCGUACGGAUCCCUAUCUCAUUCUUGCGCCCAUACAACCGAAUUAUUAAUGCCAAUGAAUGCAGUUCAACAAAAUCGAACAAGAAAUGUAGGAGAAUCAUCACCUACACUCGGGCCACCGGUCCAAUAUCCAUGUCAACACUCGAUUAAUGGAGUAGGUCAUCAAUCUGUUGGAGACCUGUACGAGCCAUACCAGAUUGGACCUUAUAAUUUAAGCCAAGCGGACCGGCAACAAGUUUUUCUUGUAUCGUCCGGAGGAUCCCCAUCUCAUUUUUACGGCCAUCAUUCGGAAAAUAAUUCUAUUACAAAUGCACCAAUGAAUGCAGUUCAACAAAAUCGAACAAGAAAUGUAGAGGAAUCAUCACCUAUUACAAAUACACUCGAGCCACCGGUCCAAUAUCCAUCUGUAAUAUGUUCAGCACCCGUGCUAAUGACCAUAUAUGCCUGUCCGCGCUCCAAUAUUCAAGUCCAAUAUUCAUGUCAACACUCGAUUAAUGGAGUAGGUCAUCAAUCUGUUGGAGACCUGUACGAGUCAUACCAGGCUGGAUCUUAUAAUUUAGGCCAAGCGAACUGGCAACAAGUUUCUCCUGCAUCGUACGGAUCUCCAUCUCGUUUUUACUCGGAAAAUAAUUUUAUUGGAAAUGGAUUACCAAUACAAAUGGAUGCAGUUCGAACAAGAAAUGUAGGUGAAUCAUCACCACCGGUCCAAUAUCCAUCUGUAAUAUGUCCGCGCUCCAAUGUUCAAAUCCAAUAUUCAUGUGAACACUCGGCACCGAUUAAAGCAGGAACAUCACAAGGACAACAACAAAUGUUAGUAAGUCUGGGUAGAGAAAAUAACUCUCAAGCACAAAAUUCUUCGACCAUCGCAUCACCAACUCAUUUGGAUAAUACAAAUUAUUUAAACACGACUUCGGCUCCAGAAUUUCAGACAGCUAUAUCGCAAACUCCAGUACAUGUAAAUGGAGUCGAAGAUUAUACAUAUGAAGAUUAA